GAAACUAAAAAACAGACCGAAAGCAUUCUAAAGCGAGACAGAGUACAGUUGAAGAUUUGGUUCAAGUUAACCUAUAUUUUAGAUCUUUCCUUUGCGAACAAUGGCUGAAAAUGUGUUUCUAUUUAUUCCAAAUAUCAUAGGUUAUGCACGGAUCGUGUUAGCCAUAUUAUCCUUCUACUUCAUGCCGACGAACUGUGUCGUGGCAGCAUCCAUGUAUCUUCUGAGUGGCCUGUUAGAUGCAUUUGAUGGCCAUGCAGCACGAUACUUUAAUCAAAGUACAAUGUUUGGUGCCAUGCUAGAUAUGCUCACAGACAGAUGUGUUACCACAGCACUUCUUGUGAUGUUAGCAGUGUUUUAUCCAAGAUUCACAUUUGUCUUCCAAUUGUUGAUAUGUUUGGAUAUUGCCAGUCAUUGGAUUCAUGUACAAAGUUCAUUAUUAAAAGGAGGAGCUAGUCACAAGAAAAUUGAUUUAUCAGGCAACUUCUUCCUACGGAUUUACUAUCACUCUAGGGUGGUACUGUUCAUCAUGUGUGCUGGUAAUGAACUCUUUUUCUGUAUGUUGUAUUUGGUUCAUUUCACAAGUGGGCCAGUCUUGUCUGUUGCUGGCAGCACAUUUGGUCUGUGGGUAGCUCUAGCUUGGCUGACUCUUCCUAUCUGCAUACUGAAGCAGUCCAUCAGUGUGAUUCAGCUCACUGUGGCAUGUAUCAACACGGCAAGCUUGGAUGAAAGUGAAAGAGAAAGAGUAAACAAAUGACUAGACAUGGAGACUGGAGAACAACACAAAAUGCUCCAAAAUUAAAGCAAUUAUUUCACAGCUGAAAAUAAUCAAAAGGAUUAUCAUAUGGUGUGAAGUUUUUCCUAAAUUGUCAAGGCUUUUUGUGACUAACACUUAACCCUUUAACUCUCAUGAGUGACCAAGAAAGAAUUUCUCCUUACAAUAUCAAUACAAUAUCAACCAGAAGAGUGAUGAGAAUAAAGAAAAUAUCAAUUUGGGGAUAAUUAGUUGAUUCAAUACUAAAUUCUCUAAGCUAAUAUUAUGAUAAGGAGAAUUACAAAUUUGAUCUGGUAGUUAAAGGGUUAAGGAAGAUCAAUAUAUUUAUGAUUGUUAUUUGAGGGAGAUAACACCCAAUUAUCUUUCUGGCCGUCAAUACAAUUCACAAACCUGUUUGCUUGUUCUCUCUUUUUAAUGCAAAUAUGUAACAAAUAGUGAGUUUGCACAAUUGACAUCAAAAUGUAUCAUUUAAAAAAUAAUUUAUACACUUAAAUUGUCUAAUAUGCAUUUAUUUAAAACUUUGAAAUGGUUCUUCAAUGCUGUGGGUGAAGAAAAAGUCUUUGAGCGUAAUUCCUGUAAAUAUGUGUGGUACAAGAAACCUAGUGACAGUCAGAUUGUUAAUUAAGGUUAUAUAUGUCACCAUUCUAUAGUCUGGUGAAAACCUGUGUAUGGCAAGUGAAUAUGUAUAUUUAGCCAAAAAUGAUACAAUUUUUCAAUUUUAAGUAAUGUAGAAGUUAUGAUUUAGGACAAUGGUAAUCACUGAUGUAGGUAGCUAGCUCUAUGUCAUAUGAGUGAAUAAAUGAUAAUGAUCAUAUUAGCUCGUUGGUGACAUUUCUAGAACCAAACAAACAAAAAUGAUGUUAUAGAACCAAUUGAAAAGAAAGAAAAAUAUUUUAAAAACAGCUGUUACAGACCAUACUAUGUAAUAUAUACUACACAUUAUACUAUAUAAUCUUCAUUGUAAUUAACUUGGUAUUGGCCUGGAUUCAAUUAACAAAUAAUAACAACUAAAGGAAGUUUACUUACAGAGUGAAGAGGUUAACUUGAUCUAGUGGCCUUAGUUUUGUCAAGAAGGAAGUGUUUAACUUCCCAGCUCAAGACAUUAUGACUUACAGUAUUUCUAAGGUUUUCCCAGAAGCUUAUUAAAGAGAAAAGC